AUGGACGAAAGAGAUGCCGCAGCGGCGCGCCCUAGCGCCCAGCCUGCCGUCGACCCCACGCAGACCAAUGUCGAAGCCCAGAGUUGUGCGUCUCGUGAGCACGUCGCAGGCGCCCUGUCUGGGCCGGCACCUCUCCUUGGGUCUGGACCAUGCGUCGAAGAACCACCUCCACCAGCACAACCACCAACGGCAGCAAGAGCACAAGCACAAGCAUCAAAUCCCACGACUCGGUCGAAUACCUCGGCGCCUGUUCCUGGUGCUCCCCGUCCUGCUCCCGCUCCCGCUCCCGCUCCCGCUCCCGUUCCAGCUCCCGGCCACAGGCACCGUCACGAGCAACCCGCCCUCCGUGUGCCUCGUUUCGUCGCUCCCUCUUCGUAUCUCCGUUUCAAGACCUCGCACGGCAGCGCCAUGGCUGCAGCUGCAUCUCAGCCGACCUCGAAUCCGAGUACACCGAGCCCGCCGAGCCCGCCGAGCCCGCUUGAUAAGGAGCAGCGGCAAGGACUGAAAGCGAUUCGGGAUUUUCUCAAGGUUCGAACCAGCUAUGAUGUCUUGCCGCUAUCCUUCCGUCUCAUCGUCUUGGACACCGACCUCCUUAUCAAGAAGACACUUAAUAUCUUGAUACAGAACUCAAUCGUUUCUGCGCCAUUAUGGGACUCACAGAGAGGCCGUUUUGCUGGCAUAUUGACAGCCACCGAUUACAUAAACGUCAUUCAAUAUUACUGCCAAUACCCAGGCGAGAUGAGCAAGCUUGACCAAUUUCGGUUGAGUAGUCUACGAGAUAUCGAAAAGGCGAUAGGGGCAACUCCGAUUGAAACGGUAUCUGUCCAUCCUUCUCGACCGCUUUACGAGGCUUGCCGACGUAUGCUUAAGACUCGUGCGCGACGUAUUCCCCUCGUGGAUGUGGACGAUGAGACGGGCAAGCAGACGGUCAUAUCGGUCAUUACUCAAUACCGAAUUCUCAAGUUCAUCGCCGUCAACAACGAACAUAACACGGUGAUGCUCAAAAAGACGGUUCGAGAGAUUGGCUUGGGCACAUAUUUGGACCUGGCCACCAUGCGCAUGGAUAAUACGGUGCUGGAUGCUAUCCACCUGAUGGUCGAUAGAAACAUCAGUUGUAUUCCGAUUGUAGACUCGGAGAACCGGGUCCUCAACGCUUUUGAGGCAGUCGACGUCAUCCCCUGCAUUAGAGGGGGCGCAUACGAGGAACUCGAUGGAUCCAUCGGGGAGGCACUAUGUAAAAGACCAGAUGACAGCCCCGGUAUCUACACCUGCGGGGAAGGGGAUCGACUGGAUUCAUUGUUCGAUACGAUACGGAAAAGCAGAGUACACAGACUGAUUGUCAUCGACGACGAAAACAAGCUCAAGGGCGUCAUUUCACUCUCUGAUAUUCUCAAAUACGUACUCAUUCACGGGGAAGAGGACUCGUCACAAAGGGAAAGGUAG